UCCCGCCCCCUCGUCGGACAGAACUGGUCGGGACACCGGGAGCUUCCGCUUUCCCCUGGAGCUUGGAGGGGAGAAGGCGCCGAGCAGCUGAGUGCCGCGGCCGCAGAGUGGGUCCAUGUGUGACUGCUGACAGCCGGGGAUCAUGGCAGUCCUGAGGCUUGUGUUCCUGCUCUCCUGGGCGGCCAGUUCGGGAGGUCAGUAUGGAAACAAACUGAAUACUUAUAUUAGACAUUAUGAAGGAUUGUCUUAUGACAUGGACGCCUUACACCAAAAACACCAACGUGCCAAGAGAGCAGUGUCCCAUGAGGAUCAGUUUGUACACUUGGACUUUCAAGCCCAUGGAAGACAGUUUAAUAUUCGGAUGAAGAAGGAUACAUCUCUAUUUUCUCCUGAUUUCCAGCUAGAAAUGGGAGGAGAAGUUUUACAAUAUGAUACCUCUCACAUAUACACUGGGCAGCUUUUUGGUGAACGUGGGACUGUGUCUCAUGGAUCUGUGCUGAAUGGUAGAUUUGAAGGUUUUAUUAAGACCCCUCAAGGCACCUUUUACGUGGAGCCAGCAGAAAGAUAUUUCAAAGGCAAAGCUGUUCCGUUUCAUUCUGUUAUGUAUCAUGAAGAUGAUAUCAAAUAUCCUCAUAAAUAUGGAGCUCAGGGGGGAUGUGCAGAUCAUUCUGUGUUUGAAAGGAUGAAAGCAUAUCAGAUGUCCGCUCAAAGUGAACCGACCAAACAGGAGCACUUAGAAGAGCAUGAAGAGACUGGUCCAGUCAUCCUUAGAAAGAAGCGAGCAGCACAAGCUGAGAAAAAUACCUGCCAGCUCUACAUUCAGACUGACCAUCUGUUCUUCAAGAGAUAUGGAGACGCCAGGGAAGCUGUGAUUGCCCAGAUAUCCAGCCAUGUGAAAGCCAUCGAUACAAUUUAUCAAUCAACAGACUUCAUGGGGAUUCGAAACAUAAGCUUCAUGGUGAAGCGUAUUCGAAUUAACACUACAGCUGAUGAAAAAGAUCCAUCAAAUCCCUUCCGAUUUCCCAAUAUUGGAGUUGAGAAGUUCCUGGAGCUUAAUUCUGAACAGAACCAUGAUGACUACUGCUUGGCCUAUGUGUUUACAGACAGAGAUUUUGAUGAUGGUGUGCUUGGGCUUGCAUGGGUUGGAGCCCCAUCAGGAAGCUCAGGUGGAAUAUGUGAAAAGAGUAAGCUUUACUCAGAUGGAAAGAAAAAGUCCUUGAACACUGGAAUCAUCACUGUACAGAAUUAUGGUUCCCACGUUCCUCCCAAAGUCUCUCAUAUCACUUUUGCUCAUGAAGUGGGACAUAACUUUGGCUCACCACAUGAUUCUGGCUCUGAAUGCACACCAGGAGAGUCUAAGAAUACAGGAUUUAAGGAGAAUGGUAACUUUAUCAUGUAUGCCAGAGCAACUUCUGGAGACAAGCUUAACAACAACAAGUUCUCAAUUUGCAGUGUCCGCAAUAUAAGUCAAGUCUUGGAUAAAAAAAGGAAUUUAUGUUUUGUUGAGUCCGGUCAGCCCAUCUGUGGUAAUGGCCUGGUUGAGCAAGGAGAGGAGUGUGAUUGUGGCUAUGUUGACCAAUGUAGAGAGGAUUGCUGCUAUGAUGCCAACCAGCCAGAAGACAAGAAGUGUAAAUUAAAACCUGGAAAACGCUGCAGUCCCAGCCAGGGUCCUUGCUGUACAGCACAGUGCAACUUCAAAAACAAUGUUCAGAAAUGUCGUGAAGAAUCAGACUGUGCAAAGAUGGGAACCUGCAAUGGUGUUUCUGCACAGUGUCCUCCAUCUGAGCCACGUGUAAACUUGACUGAGUGCAACCGUGAAACCCAAGUCUGUAUCAAUGGGCAAUGUUCAGGAUCUAUCUGUGAAAGGUAUGAAUUGGAGGAAUGUACCUGCGCCAGUACAGAUGGGAAAGACGAUAAGGAGUUGUGCCAUGUCUGCUGUAUGGAAAGAAAUAAGCCGCACACGUGUGCCAGUACUGGUUCUGAUGUAUGGAAAGUCCACUUCAGUGGAAAAACUAUUACUCUGCAGCCUGGCUCCCCAUGCAAUGAAUUUAAAGGAUACUGUGAUGUGUUCAUGCGAUGUCGAUUGGUUGAUGCUGAUGGUCCAUUAGCAAGAUUGAAAAAAGCCAUUUUCAAUCCAGAACUUUAUGAGAACAUUGCUGAAUGGAUUGUGGCACACUGGUGGGCUGUUCUCCUAAUGGGAAUAGCAUUGAUAAUGUUAAUGGCUGGGUUUAUUAAGAUAUGCAGUGUACAUACACCAAGUAGCAACCCCAAGUUACCUCCACCAAAACCACUACCAGGCACCUUGAAGAGAAGACGACCACCACAAACAACUCAACAACCUCCACGUCAGAGACCUCGGGAAACAUACCAGAUGGGACACAUGAGACGUUAACUGCAGCUUUUAUUGCCUUUGGUUCUUCCUAGUGCCUACCAUGGGAAAGAUUCACUCCAAAGAAAUACCUACAAAUCAUCACUGUUCCCCGUAUGAAAACCAAGAAUUGGAUCCUGUCGUGAGGCAAAGUCAAGAACUUACCAUCCCCCUAUACACAGGAGGAGUCCUUUAACACAUUUCCUUUUAACACCGUUUAACUACACCUCCUGAUGAAGAAAUUAACCAGAGAUUAAGAAAUUCUUUUUAACUUAUCUAAUGGCAUAAAAUAAUCGAAUUGUUACCACUUGUUUUUAUGCCCCCCUCAUUUUCAUCAGUUCCAGUUCACUUUCAGUGAAAUUGUCUUUACUGGAUCUUGGCUGAAGAAAAUACCUGUCUUUUUCCCUAACUGCCAGUGAAGGCUAGGAAGGUAGAGGCCACUUCAGCAUUGGAGAACAUCUCCUGCCAAUGUACAUACUUUGUUAUAUGCAGACAUGUAAUUAUAAUGUACAAGCAUAAGUCUAUGUGCAAUUGUAGAAACAAAUAAUUGCAAUAUGGAUAUGUUAAUUUGUAUUAUAAAUCUUGUUUUGGUUUUUUUUUUUUCAACUGUAAACGAAGACAUUUAUUGUUUAAGUGACAUACUCAGGAUAACCGAGGAAUUGGUGUAUAAAGGCGACUGAAAAUAUAUAUCUAUUUUUUUUCGGGAGAUGCUUUCAUUAGCUGAGAAGUAUCCAUCUGCAUUUUCCUUACUAAACAUCUUAGAACCAGAGAUGGUUGAAGUGCUCACACGUUUUUCUUACAAUGAGCUUCUAAUUCACAGACUUGAAUGUUCUGCAAGCUGACUACAGAUGUAUGAAAUCUACAACCACCUUGGACAUCAGGACUCUUUGUAUCGUGUUUUCUUUUUUUCCAUAUUUACUUUUGUCCCUUGUAAAAUGUUGCGGUAUUCCCAAGUCACAAGAAUUUUUUAGGCAUGUGUUUUGAAUAAAAAAAAAAAAAUCAAGCCUAUUUAAAGAUUGUUAGCUUGAAAGAAACUCAUGAAGUAGAUUAUUUAAACUUGCUUAUGUGCUGGAGUAGGAGGUUAUGGUCUUCUGUCCAACCACCAUUGAUCGGUAGAGUCCUCAGCAUGAAGCUGUUGAUUGAAUAGCUACUAAUUCUUCUUUGUGAAAAUAUUUUACAUUUAUUCACUUUCACUAGAUCCAAUAACUGGCUUUCCCACUGUACCCGUGUCUAAAGCAGAUGUUUGUACCAUCGUUCUAAUAUGGAGGAGAAUGAAUACAUAACUUUUCAUGCAUCCCGUGCUAUGCAUGUCUUUGUAUGGGCAUUACCAAGAGCCUUCUAAUUUCUUUACUUCCAAUGACCUCUCAGGCCAUGGUAUUGGCAACAAAAUGGAUAGUUUUAUCUGUAUAACUUUGGUCUUAUUCAUUUACUGUAUUUCUGAUUUGGCUUUAAACUCUUACCAUUCGUAAUAUUUUCAUAGUAGUUUUAUGUCUGGCAGAAAUAGUUAUUGAUGAAAUAAAUUGACAUGCCAGCAAGGUAUAAAGGAAAACAAAAACACAAUUUCUUCCUUGUAAAAUUGUACAGUGUGUGGUAUUAUUAUUUUUUUUUCCAAAACAAAGUUACUUCUUUUUGUACAACGCUUUAGAAACAAUUUUGUACAUGAAAUCCCAGUCUGGUAGAUAGGAGACUAUAAUAAAUUCUAAAACAAUAAAAAAGAAUAAAAAAAAAAUAGGAAAAUAUAAAAAUACUUUAAAACAAAAUAUCGUAGUUCUGAAAGCAACUGAAUGCGUUUUUUGUUUUUCUUGGAUGGAUAAGGUAGGAUAAAAAGUAUUUUAAUUUUGAACAGGGUGGUUUAUUUGUAGGUUUGUCGAUGUGAUAGAUCCUUAAAUUGUGUAUUUUUUUUUUCUUUUAUGUCUUAUAAUUUUUUUUAUACAUUUUUCUUUUCUGUGGUUAGGUUUCAGGAAAAUGACCAGUUUUACUUUUUAAUUGUAAUGUUUGAUGAACAGAAAUGCACUGAACCUCUCCACAGUACGUCAUGAUGUGGUAAGCGAAGCAGGAGCGUGGCAAAUUUAAUCUAAUACUACUGUCAAUUUAAUGUCCACUGUGUUUUAUACAGUAUUUUUUUUUUGUUCACUUUUGAAAUUUCUACUAAAUUGCAAAAAAAAAAUAAAAAGUAUUGUGAAAACAUAUGUAAAGAUUUCAUUUUUUCCCAUGAAACUUGACUUAAUA